AUGAAUCCCACUCCUCUGCCACGGUGGGCAGUGAGGCGCCUCCUUGCAAAUGCCGCAGCUGUUACAAUCGUUCUUCUCUCGGCUAUUGUAACGCUCAUUCCUUCUGCCAAUGCCGCCGCCAGCUGCAGCGCUUUCCGCGCCACGCAUCCCCUGCCGCCGCCGCAUCCAAAAUUUUCCCCGCUCCGCAAGCCGCCGCAACACCAUCUGGCGGCUCCCGCGGUUCAAACCGGGGCUCUCGCUCAUCGCGCGCUGAUGCGGCGCCUCCCCGUCGCGCCAGCCGCCGGCGCUGCCAGCUCCAAUGCUGUCGGCAGGACGGCAGCCCCCGUCCUGCAACCGUCGCACUUGCGCGUGCUGGUGCAGCUGCAGGAGGCGUGGGGGGGCGCGUGGGCGGGCAACAGCAACGCCACCACGGCGUGCUCUGCGUGGGCUGGCGUCACCUGCAGCCCCGACGGGCUCGUCCUUGCCCUGGACUCCAAGGCCUUUACCAUGGAUCCUCCUCCCACCGGCGCCAUUCCUGCUGCCAUCACUGACCUCACCACCCUUCAAUACCUCGAUCUGACGUACGGCAUCAACCUGGAGGGCCCCAUGCCAUCCCUUGCAUCUCUCACCCGCCUUACCCACCUCGCCCUGGGAGCAGACGGCUGCUUGCUCACCGGCACUGUGGACCAACUCUCGUGGCUCUCCUCCCUCUCCGCCCUGCACUUAUUGCGGCUGUCUGGGUUGUCGGAAUUCACAGGGGAGCUGACCUCCUUUGCACUGCUCUCCCACCUCCACCACCUCCAACACCUAUCACUCAUUGGUCUCAGCAAUGUGACAGGGGAGAUACCCCGGGAGAUUCGAUACUUGACUGCCCUCACUACACUGGACCUCAUAUUUCUUCGAGCUGUGGACUUCCCAGACUGGGUCACUCAGAUGUCCAAACUCCAGUCACUGCGAGUGAUCAACGACGAGCCAAGGAGGCAGGGAGUGCUGCCAGAAGGCCUUUCAGAGUUGACAGCACUCACUCAACUGUCCCUCUUGGGGAACAACCUGGAAGGCGCCCUGCCCAAAGGCUUCUCCACACUUGCCAACCUGGCUGUCCUGGAUCUGAGCUUGAACCAUCUGCAAGGCACCAUACCCGAAGCAUACUCUGCGUUGUCAGCCCUCGCUGAACUGGACCUCUCAUCAAAUUACCUUUCCGGAUUGGUGCCUCGAAUCUUCAACAGCAACAUCCAGUCUAUAAUGCUCAGCUACAACAGCUUUUCCGGACCCAUUCCGCCGCAUCUCGCACUGCCUAGCUUGGUCUUGCUGGAGUUGUUCAGCAAUCGGUUCACAGGAGGCGUUCCCCACACCUUCACCAGGCUCACCGCCAUUGCAUCCCUGAUCGUGUCCAACAACAGCCUCAGCUCAGGCCUGGACGUGGUGGCUCAGAUGACAUGGCUCACAGACAUAGACCUCCAUACAAACAUCUUCUCCGGUGUGCUACCCGUGUCCUUUGCUGCUAUCAAGGGCCUCACAUCCAUAAGCAUCCAGAACAACCACUUCACAGGAUCCUUCCCCGAGCCACUUCUGAGCAACACAGGCCUCGAAGUUCUGAAUUUGAGCAACAACAGUUUUACCGGGUUCAUCCCCAACCGACUCACAGAGCUUGUCAGCCUGGGAGAUAUUAAUCUGAGUGACAACAUGUUCCGGGGAGUUAUCCCACCUGGCCUCUUCCACCUCCCCUUGCUCAACUCACUGCAAGUGGCCAACAACUUCCUCUCGGGAGGCCUUCCAACGUCUCUCAAGGCUUCCAACUCCCUGAAAACACUUAACCUGGCAGGAAACGGCUUCACAGGUCAUUUACCUGACUUCUCUCUCUGGCAUGUCAACCUCGAACGCCUGGCCCUCAACCACAACAACUUCACAGGGUCCAUUCCUGACUCCAUCUCCACCCUCACCUCUCUCAAUGGCAUCAUCCUCAACAACAAUCAGCUGAACGGCUCCAUUCCAUCGGCCAUCUUCAGCAUGACGAAUCUAGCUUCCCUCUAUCUGGCCAACAACCGUCUGAGUGGCAGUCUGCCGGCUGCCAUCAGUCGCCUGGAGAAGCUCGAGCAGCUCUGGCUGGACAACAACAACAUCGAGGGCACUCUGCCAUCCGCAAUCUGCUCGCUACCCGAGCUAUGGCGCAUCAUGAUGAGCAACAACUACCUCUAUGGACCCCUGCCAGAGUGCAUCUUCGACAAGUGUGUCAAUCAAAUCGAUGUGAGUGGCAACAGCCUGUACGGGCGCAUCAACCGCAACUUCAAGAGCAUGGUGGCGGAUGGCGAUGCGCUCAUCAACUUGGCUCACAACUUCUUCUUCGGUGAUGCCGUGGUCCUCGCUGCCGGCUGCCAGGUCUGCCCCGCUGAGAUCGCCCAGCCCAACAACCUGGUCCUUGGGGACACGGGCGACGGCGCUGUUGGGAAAUGUGCCAGCAGCUUCACUGCCGUACGAGAUUACUCGGUGGCAGGGGCGGGAAAGGAGGCGAGGGUGAGUGUGGCGGGCAACUGCCUGACGCUCAGCCCGGACGCGGAGUGCUCAGCCAACGCCACCCAGCGCAGCACGGCAGCCUGCCAGGCGUUCUGCAGCAUCACGGACAACGGCCCGUGUGACGGCCAUGGGGAGUGCGUGCCGCCUGCCCCCGCCUCCCCCUCCAACUUCACCUGCGUCUGCCGUCCCGGCUUCUCUGCCCUCGACUCGGGCAACGGCUCCACGUGCGCCGUUUUCAACUCCUCCACCACCACUGUGUCCUCGCUCUCCACGGGCGCCAUAGUGGGUAUCGCUGUGGGCUGCUUUGCUGGCUUCGUUCUGCUGGCUGCUGUGCUCUCAUGCCUGCUGUGGCCCCGUGGACAAAGGAAGUGGCAGGGGCUGGAAGUGUGUGAGCAGUACACGCUACACCAGAUGGUGAAGGCCACGGACAACUGGGCCAAGGAGAACGAGGUGGGAAGGGGCGGCUUUGGCAUCGUGUACAAGGGGCACUCGCCGCAGGGGCAGACGUGGGCCAUCAAGCGAUCCACUGUGAUGACCAACAACUUUGAGAGAGAGGUGCGGGCCAUGGCGACACUCAACCACGUGAAUCUGGUGCGCCUGCUGGGCUUCUGUGUGGACCAGAAUGUGGAGACGGGCAAUCAGGAGCAGAUCUUGGUUUAUGAGUUUGUGGCUAACAGAGACUUGCAGUACCACAUUUUCAAGACCAAGAACCCUCUCUCGCUGCGGCAGCGACUGCGCCUGGCGCAAGGAGCAGCGGAGGGGCUGGCAUACCUGCAUGGGUUCGAAACGCCCAUCAUUCACCGCGACAUCAAGCCCGCCAACAUCCUUGUGACGGCCGACAUGCACGCCAAGGUGGCUGACUUUGGGCUGCUCAAGCGCCUUACUCACUGCGAGGGCGAUGCCACCAGAGUGGCGGGCACUCCCGGCUAUGUGGACCCUGAUUACAACCGCACACGCGUGGUCACCACCAAGAGCGACGUCUUCAGCUUUGGCAUCGUGCUUCUGGAGCUGCUAACUGGCUCGACGCCGAUUCGCUAUGAGUCACACAUCAGAGAUUGG